UUUAUUUCCGGAGCUUGUAACUUCGCAAACUAAAUACCAAAGUAGACAACCGGCACAUCCUCCAACAACAUCCCUCCAUGGCCCUCAUUCUCUACCCACGUAGACUUACUUACCUACGUUUACUAAUUGAAACUGCGGGGUAUACCGCUACUACCAUGCCGACGGCGGUGUCUUUUGCCGAAGUUGACAUCAAGCUCAGGUCAAGACAGGAUCCUGCCCAGCAAAGUCAGCCUCCCCGCAAGGGUGAUCCAUCCAACAGCACACUCUAAAUGCCCCUCACGACAGUCUGAACUUUGACCGGACCUAGCCAGAUUACCAACAAUCUUACUGCCUAUACCCGACAAUAAGAUUAAACCGAGGCUCUCGGGCUUUCAGAAGUUUCCUCAAAGUAGUAAUCAUCAAGGGUGGUUGACGAUAUCGCUUUCUGUUUCUUUCAACUAGACUAGUUCUAGUAGUUCUAGACUGAACUAUAGCUACCUAGGAGUGCACAUUGCAGGGCGAGUUCCGAAAGUCUAUCCGGAGUCUUGUGAAACCCAGUCGUCCUAGGGCAAUCUUGCUUGUCGGUUCGGCACCGGACCCACUGGCUGUAGCCGUCCCGAACCUCCCAGCAGAGUUGUGAGCAGUCUGGGCAGUAUACGAAAACAUAACUGUUGGUGAGAGCUUGGCUUGAAAAGGAACCUCUGUAUUAUAGAGGACUUGAAUGCGACAAACACCAUGUUCAGACGAAUAUCGCCUAUAUAUUUUGGCCAUUGCCCCUCCCCAAUCUUGUUGGGUCCUUGACUCUGCAGAACAUGAGCCUAUCUUGACACUUUAUAUUACUCAAAAUCUAGUCAACAUAACUUCGCAAUGCCAGCCGUUAUCGCCGCCAAAGCUGACUAUCGGGCGACCGACAGUUAUUUGGGACGAGAAAUUCCAGAGCUUGCGCACAUAUUUGAGCAACGCACUUUGGACAAUACGGUACCAUACCUUCGUGAAGUGCUGAAGUCGUUGCCUCCCAACUUUGCCAUGCUCGACGUGGGUCUUGGGCCAGCCAGCAUCACCAUCAGCAUAGCCAAACUUUACCCUCAAGCAACCAUUGUUGGGCUGGACAUGCCGGAUGCUCUCGAGAUUGCCCGCGAGAACAUCAAAAACGCUGGGGUGAAGAACAUUGAGCUUGUAGUAGGAAGCGCUCUCGACAUCAAGUCCGUGACCAAAUACCCAGUCGUCUCAGAUGGUUCAAAGAGCUUUGACAACCUCUCGCCCGAGGCGUCCACUCUCUUCAAGCACGGCUUCGACCUUGUCCACACCCAUCAGGUCCACGAGCACGUUCGAGAUCCACCCAGGCUGAUGAAGGAGCUGCACGACAUGGCCAAGCCCGACGGCGGCUUGGUGUGCUGCCGCGAGCUCGACGUGGGACUAAGCGUCAUGUAUCCCGACGACCCAAUCUUUAAAAAGCACGGCGAGAUUUUCACCAAGCUACUACUCAUCAACGGAAAUGAUCCGUACAUAGGCCGUAAGCUGGUAUCGAAUGCGCUCAAGGCCGGGUUCAAGCGGGAAAACAUCCAGGCCAGCAUCGGCGCCGUCGCCCACUCGACACUCGAGGAGCGCAGGUUCUUGGCCCGCACGAUGCACACUGGGUUCGUUACCUCUGAGGCCCUACGAAAGAACCCAGAGGUGUGCAAGGCUGCAGGCUUGACCGAAGAGUUUGUCGAGGAGUCCGGUAUAGCCUGGCGCAAGUGGGCCGAGGAGGCCGAGGAUGGGUUUGGAACCCUCGGAAGUGGUCAGGUUGUCUGCAAGAGACACGGUUGAGACCAAGCCUCGCACGUCACUGUUGCGUGAUCGGGAGUUAUGUUCUUGGGGUGCUGGCUAAAUCACAGGCCUAGCUACUGCCCUGAGACUAUGUGAUUUUUGACCGGUUGCAGUAACAGGAUUCUGUCUUGCUGUCUUGAGGCGCGAUCAUGGAUAUUUUGAUGGCCGUCCCGGAUAGUUAGAGGUGAGCGUAUCUCAUAGAGUUUGGUUACACUUUGAUGUUCAAAUUGGACCAGAUCCAUUCGAAUUCCCUUUCUGAAGUGCUGUGAUGGCCUUUGUGAACAAUACA